UCUCACUCGACUUGCUGCUGCAUUCAUUUAUACACCAUGGCCAAAGUCCCCCGCUCUUUCCGACUUCUCUCUGAACUCGAGCACGGCGAGAAAGGAAUCGGAGAUGGCUCCUGCUCGUACGGGCUCAAGGACGGCGACGAUAUUGCCAUGUAUGAGUGGAAUGGCACCAUCAUCGGGCCGCCCCAUUCGGCUUAUGAGAAUAGGAUCUUUAGUUUGAGUAUCAUUUGUGGGGACAACUAUCCUGAUGUGCCUCCUCUUGUCAAGUUUGAAUCCAAGAUCAACCUUCCCUGCGUAAAUGCCCAAGGUCUCGUCGACUUUGCCCGUAUCGCCACGAUCGCUAGGUGGAACAGGAACUUUACUCUCGAGACUGUGCUUGUCGAGUUGAGACGCGAGAUGGCCUCCCCCGCCAACCGAAAGACCUCACAACCCCCCGAGGGCGUCGAAUUCCCUCCCGUCGACCUCAUAGCUCUCGCCCGGCAGCGUGGCCUCUAAGCUUCUCCUUUGCGCAACUCGCGCUCGCAAGGCAGACCUCGUGGUGAAGGAGAGGCAGGUUGUGUGGUUGGGAGAAGGUGUAUAGAAUAGAGUGUGGAGGCAGGGCGAGGGAUGGGUUGGGUUUCAGGUAGAGUCAUAACGUCUCUGUUGCGUCCCUGCGGUAUACGUUUUCAUGCAGUCAAGAUCAUUCACUGAG